AUGGCCGAUACCCCGGUGAACAGGACGGCACACCCGUUUGACAAGGCGCGUCUCGAGGCGCUGCUAAAUCGCAGGUUCUUCUACGCUCCUGCUUUCGAGAUCUACGGCGGCAUCGCUGGUCUCUACGACUAUGGUCCGCCGGGCUCGUCGCUGCAGAGCAACAUCAUUACAGAAUGGCGGAAACACUUUAUCAUCGAGGAGCACAUGCUGGAGCUGGACACGACCAUCAUGACUCCAUCGCCCGUCUUCGAGACAUCCGGCCACGUCGCACGCUUUGCGGACUGGAUGGUGAAAGACGUCAAGACGGGCGAGGUGCUCCGCGCUGAUCAUCUCGUCAAGAAUGUGCUCUCCGCGCGAUUGGAGAGCGACAAGGAGGCGCGUGGCCUCGCAGCGCAGCCACUACCGGAAGAUGAGAAGGCGAAGAAGAAGGUUAAAAAGGACAAGACAAAGGCCGCUCUCGUGCAGCUUCCCGACGAGGUGGCGGCGGAGUACGAACGCAUCCUGGCGCAGUUGGACAACUACUCCGGACCCGAGCUCGGUGAGCUAUGCCGGAAGUACAAGAUCACCAAUCCGGAGACGGACAACGAGGUCUCCGAGCCGCAACUUUUUAACCUAAUGUUCGCGAGCAGCAUCGGUCCUACCGGCCAACAUCCAGGCUACCUCCGACCCGAAACUGCGCAAGGCCACUUCCUGAACUUCUCGCGCCUUCUCGAGUUCAACAACGGACGCGUGCCAUUCGCAUCUGCGCAGAUCGGAAGAUCAUUCCGGAACGAGAUCUCGCCGCGCGCCGGCCUCCUGCGCGUGCGCGAGUUCACGAUGGCGGAGAUCGAGCACUACGUCGACCCGGAGGAUAAGCGGCAUGCACGGUUCAGCGAGGUGCGCGACGUCGUACUCGACCUGCUUGAUCGGCACGUGCAGGUGUCUGGCAGCACGCGGACGACGAAGAUGCCCGUUGGCGAGGCGGUCGAGCAGGGCAUCAUCGCGAACGAGACGCUAGGCUACUUUAUCGCGCGCAUCUACCUCUUCCUCGUGAAGGUCGGUAUCAACCCCGCGCGGCUGCGCUUCCGGCAGCACAUGAAGAACGAGAUGGCGCAUUAUGCGACGGACUGUUGGGACGCGGAGAUCGAGAACUCGACGGGCUGGACGGAGUGCGUAGGCUGUGCAGACCGCGCGGCGUUUGACCUAUCAGUACACUCGGCCAGGACGGGCCACCCGCUCAUCGUACGCCAGGCACUCAAGGAGCCGAUCGUGAUGGAGAAGGAGGUGCCCGAGUUCAACAAGAAGAUGCUCGGGAAGACGUUCGGCAGGGACUCGGCGGUGAUCCAGGGCAUCGUGGGCGAGAUGGACGAGGCACAUUUACUCAGGCUCAAGGGCGAGCUGGCACAAGGGGCCGCGAAAAUUGUAUCGUCGGAUGGCAGGGAGUUCACGCUGAGCCCUGAUCUGCUGACGAUCGAACGGAAGACGUUGAAGCAGUCGAUCAGGGAAUUUACGCCCAACGUCAUCGAACCUUCCUUCGGGCUCGGUCGCAUUCUAUACACGCUGCUGGAACACAGUUUUUGGAGUCGAGAACAGGACGUCGAGCGUGGGGUGCUCUCGCUGCCUACGGUCGUAGCUCCCACCAAGGUUCUCAUCGUGCCGCUGAGCGCAAAAGAAGAGUUUAGCCCGCUCGUUCAGGAAGUCUCGCUGAAGUUACGCCGGGCGGGCGUGUAUUCCCGCGUCGACGAUUCAAAUACGUCGAUUGGCAAGCGCUACGCGCGGAACGACGAGCUGGGCACCCCGUUCGGCCUGACGCUCGACUUUGCCUCCCUGCAAAAUCGCACGAUGACGCUACGGGAACGCGACACGACCGGCCAACUGAUAGGUCCCAUCGACGAGGUGAUCGCGACCGUCAUCGAGCUCGUGAACGGCAACAUCGACUGGGCAGAGGCCUGCCAAAGACUGCCCGCAUACGAGGGCGUGCAGGCGGUGGAGUGA